UCCCUCCGCCCACUGAGCUCGGCGGCUCCCUGACUCGGGGGGUGGGUUUGGGAAGUGGCGGAUUUUAGUCUGUGCACCGUCUCCAUCACGUCAGCCGGUCGCCGCCGCCUAUUGUGUUCAUUUUUGUUUGGUUAAGCUGCCCCGGGACUGAGGCGGAGGUUAGUGAACGGACAAGAUGGCGGACCCGGCGGAGUGUAGCAUCAAAGUGAUGUGCCGCUUCAGGCCGCUCAACGACUCCGAGGUGGUCCGUGGGGACAAGUACGUGGCCAAGUUCCAAGGGGAAGACACGGUGGUCAUCGGGUCCAAGCCAUAUGCCUUUGACAGAGUGUUUCAGUCUAAUGCGUCUCAAGAGCAAGUUUACAAUGCAUGUGCAAAAGCAAUCGUCAAAGAUGUGCUUGAGGGCUAUAAUGGUACAAUAUUUGCAUACGGGCAGACCUCAUCUGGAAAGACCCAUACAAUGGAGGGGAAACUCCAUGAUCCAGACGGGAUGGGAAUUAUUCCCAGAAUAGUACAAGAUAUAUUUAAUUAUAUUUACUCUAUGGAUGAAAAUUUGGAAUUCCAUAUAAAGGUGUCGUACUUUGAAAUAUAUUUGGACAAGAUAAGGGACCUGCUAGAUGUGUCAAAAACCAACCUGUCUGUUCACGAAGACAAAAACAGAGUUCCUUAUGUAAAGGGUUGCACGGAGCGCUUUGUAUGUAGUCCUGAAGAAGUUAUGGAUACAAUAGAUGAAGGGAAAUCCAACAGGCAUGUAGCUGUAACAAAUAUGAAUGAACAUAGCUCCAGAAGUCACAGCAUUUUCCUUAUUAAUGUAAAACAAGAAAACACUCAAACCGAGCAGAAACUGAGUGGCAAACUUUACCUGGUUGACUUGGCAGGUAGUGAAAAGGUUAGCAAAACUGGAGCUGAAGGAGCUGUACUAGAUGAAGCGAAAAACAUCAACAAGUCUUUGUCGUCCCUUGGAAAUGUUAUAUCUGCGUUGGCAGAAGGAAGUGUUUAUAUCCCCUAUCGUGACAGUAAAAUGACCAGAAUCCUUCAGGACUCAUUGGGAGGAAACUGUAGAACCACUAUUGUGAUUUGCUGCUCGCCGUCGUCUUAUAACGAAGCUGAAUCCAAAUCUACGCUUCUUUUUGGGCAGAGAGCAAAGACCAUUAAGAACACAGUGUGUGUUAACGUGGAGCUGACCGCUGAGCAGUGGAAGAAGAAAUAUGAAAAAGAGAAGGAGAAAACCAAGUCUCUGCGUAAUACCGUACAGUGGCUUGAAAAUGAACUUAACAGGUGGCGCAAAGGAGAGUCUGUGCCUGUUGAAGAACAGUUUGAUAAGGAAAAGGCCAACUUGGAUGCGUUGGUGGUAGAAACUGUCGUUGCGAAUGACAAACCAGCUGUUACUCUUGCAACCAAUUUCACGGAUGCUGAGAGAAGGAAAUGUGAGGAAGAAGUGACUAAACUCUACAAACAGCUGGAUGACAAAGAUGAAGAAAUUAAUCAGCAGAGUCAGCUUGUAGAAAAACUAAAACAGCAGAUGUUGGAUCAGGAAGAGCUUCUAGCAUCCACAAGGAGGGACCAAGAUAACAUGCAGGCGGAAUUAAACCGACUCCAGGCCGAGAACGAUGCCUCCAAGGAGGAGGUGAAGGAAGUGCUGCAGGCCCUGGAGGAGCUUGCGGUCAACUACGAUCAGAAGUCACAGGAGGUAGAAGACAAGGCGAAAGAGUACGAAAUCCUGAGCGAAGAGCUUAAUCAAAAAUCGACAAUUUUGUCAAGUAUAGACUCUGAGCUCCAGAAACUGAAAGAAAUGACCAACCACCAAAAGAAAAGGGCCACCGAGAUGAUGACCUCUCUGCUGAAAGAUUUGGCUGAGAUAGGAAUUGCCGUAGGAAACAAUGAUGUUAAGCAACCUGAAGUUAGCGGCAUGAUCGAUGAGGAGUUCACGGUCGCUCGGCUGUACAUCAGCAAAAUGAAGUCCGAAGUGAAGACGAUGGUGAAGCGCUGCAAGCAGCUGGAGAGCACGCAGUCCGAGAGCAACAAGAAAAUGGAGGAGAACGAUAAAGAGCUGGCUGCGUGUCAGCUUCUCAUUUCACAGCAUGAAGCAAAGAUCAAGUCUCUGACAGAAUACGUCCAGAAUGUGGAGCAGAAGAAGAGACAACUGGAGGAGUCUGUGGAUUCUCUGAAUGAAGAGCUCGUGAAGCUUCGGGCGCAGGAACAAGUCCACGAAAUGGAAAAAGAACAUUUGAAUAAAGUACAGACGGCGAAUGAAGUUAAGCAUGCUGUGGAGCAGCAAAUUCAGAGCCAUCGGGAGACUCAUCAGAAACAGUUGAGCGGUCUCAGGGAUGAGAUUGACAAGAAAGAGAAAGUUAUUACAGAGCUACAAGACCAAAAUCAGAAGAUGAUGCUUGAGCAAGAAAGACUGCGAGUGGAGCACGAAAAGUUAAAAUCCGCUGACCAGGAGAAAAGCAAAAAGUUGCACGAUCUCACUGUCAUGCAAGACAGAAGGGAGCAAGCAAGACAAGAUCUCAAGGGGCUCGAAGAGACAGUGGCGAAAGAGCUCCAGACGUUGCACAACCUUAGGAAGCUUUUUGUUCAAGAUUUGACUACCCGAGUUAAGAAGAGUGCUGAAAUGGACUCGGAUGACACUGGCGGCAGCGCUGCACAGAAACAGAAAAUUUCCUUUCUUGAGAACAACCUUGAACAACUCACCAAGGUCCACAAACAGUUGGUACGAGAUAAUGCAGAUUUGCGGUGUGAGCUUCCAAAGCUGGAGAAACGGCUGAGAGCUACAGCUGAGAGAGUUAAAGCCUUGGAGUCUGCGCUGAAGGAAGCCAAAGAAAAUGCAUCUCGUGACCGCAAGAGGUACCAACAAGAGGUGGACCGCAUAAAAGAGGCUGUUAGAUCCAAGAACAUGGCGAGAAGAGGACAUUCUGCACAGAUUGCUAAGCCUAUCCGUCCUGGGCAGCACCCGGCUGCAUCUCCCACUCACCCAAAUGCAAAUCGGAUGGGAAAUGCGUUCCCCCAGAGUCAGCCGGUCUCUAUCCGAGGAGGUGCUAAUAAACAAGACAAAGUCUGUUGAAGGAUCAUUGCAAGCGAUGGAAAUCCAUGCAGUGGUGUUUGUCAAAGAGAAUUCUCUUAUAUUUUGGGAUUAUAGAAUUGUUUUUCAAAUUGUAAUUUAUAACUGGCCUGUACAGCUCUUCCCUCCUACCAAACUUUUUAAUUUUGGGCAAAUUCACAGGUUUGCAAAGUAACUAGAGUGCAAUUUUUGUUUUCUUUUUUUUGUCUUUGCGUUGAACGUGUAUUUUAAAGUGUAGAUCCAGCUCCUGCACAGUUUGCACAGUUAUCCUCCGGUUAGUCUCCAUGUCUUAAACUUAGUCUGCGCUGUGCCAAGUUUCAAUGUAAGUUACUGGUUAAGUAGAUCCUAGUGAGAUGUCCAUGAGCGGUUUUUGUCUUCGGGCGGGAUAUGGAACAAUGUUUAACAUUUCCUGGCUAAACCUUUUAAUAAAAAAAAAAAAAUAAUAAUGUUAUACUGUCACACUAAACGUACGGGCAGUAAGGAGAAUCUCUGAGGUGUCUUCAUUUAACGUGGGAUCUUAAGUGCUUAUAAGACUUUCUACCGGGCUCUGAAAUCCAUACUAUCAAAUAAUGCCAGGUUUCAGUCUAAUGGCUGCUUUAUGUGGCCGGAUAUAUCUGCCGCCACACGGUUGUCCGUUUAAAUAACGUAUAAUAACGCAAGUGCAAAUUUCAGGCAAAAAUAUAUGGGUCUUUCGUUGGAAACUUUGGAACUGUCCUAAUGAAUUGCAUAUUACAGCUUGAAGGUGCGAAAACA